AUGAGUUCUACGGAAUGUAUACUUCAACAGAUAAUUUAUCAAAUGACUCAAGGAGCUCUUCCCUUUAUUUUACUUCUUAUUGGAACAUCUAAUUCGGUGGGGAAUUUGAUAACAUUUACGUCGAAACAAUUGCGAAGUAAUUCAUGUGGAUUUUAUAUUCUUUGUAUGGCAAUAUUCGAACUACUCACUAUUAGUUUUGGUCUUAUUUCUCGCAUUGCCGAUCAAUAUGGCAGUACUCUUGUAAAUCAAAGUCGAAUGUAUUGUAAAAUUCGAAGUUAUUUUGUCUUAUGUUUUCCUACAACAGCUACUUAUCUUCUACUAAUGGCAGCUAUCGAUCGAUAUAUAUCAACAUUUGUUAGUGUCCGAUGUCGCGCAUUUAUUCAACUGAAAGUAGCACAUCGUAUGGCUCCGCUUGUUAUUAUAUUAUGUAUGGUUAUAUGUUCACAUACUCUUAUUUUUUUUGAUCAUCAACCAACAUGUGGACCACAGUUAGGACCAUAUGGAUUGUUUUACAGCGUGUUUUUGAUUGUUAUCGGAGGUGUUUUACCUAAUUUUCUUUUAGUAUUAUUCGGAUUUUGGACAAUUCGAAAUGUGAAAGCAUCACGACGUCGUGUUGUUGCGUUACAAUACUUACAGCAUAAACAAAAGAGAGACGCUCAACUUGUCCUAAUGAUUUUUGCACAAGCUAUUGUCUCCUUUUUACUCAAUUCAACACGAAUGUCAUGUUAUUCCUACCAUUUAUUAACAACUAAUCGCCCGAAUAAUUCUUUUCAACAAACUGUCGAUAACUUCCUAGUUCAAUUUAGCAUUGUUCUUGCAUAUAUAAACUAUUCAGAAUCAUUUUACAUCAAUACUCUUAUGAAAUCAACUACGACAUCAAAAUCAACAACAACAACACCAAUCGCAACAUCAACAAUCACGACAUCAACUACAACAUCAUCAUCAGGAACAACGUCAAUAUCAAUCACCACAUCAAGAACAACAUCGACAGCAUCAUCAGUAACAACCACAUCAGCAGCACCAACGUCAACAACAUCAUCGGCAAUAAUCGAAUCAGCAACCACAUCAAAAACAGCAACAACAUCAACAUCAACAUCAACAUCAACCACUACAUCAAGAACAACAUCAGCAACAACAGUAAUACCACAAUGGACAAUGACAGGAAACAUGAAUGUUGCACGAAAAUUUCACACAGCAUCUAUACUAACAAAUGGGAAAGUAUUAGUUAUUGGUGGAUAUAAUGGUAAUUCUCUAAACAAUACUGAAUUAUAUGAUCCAUCAACAGAAAUCUGGACAAGUAUUGGCAACAUGAAUAUUGCACGAGAGCACCACACUGCAUCUAUACUCACAAAUGGAAUAUUGUUGAUUGCUGGUGGUGAGAAGGAUAAUGAUAUGUAUCUGAACAAUGCAGAACUGUUUUCAUUGCCAUAA